AAGCAGAGGGAGAACUCCGCGCUCACUUCCGGUGCCUGGGCACAGUCGCGGAGACCGCGCAGACACCGGGAGUUAUCGGCGAGGAUGACACGCCAUGGCAAGAACUGCACAGCAGGAGCCGUCUACACUUAUCAUGAGAAGAAGAAGGACACAGCGGCCUCGGGCUACGGGACCCAGAACAUUCGGCUGAGCCGUGAUGCCGUCAAGGACUUCGACUGCUGCUGCCUGUCCCUGCAGCCCUGCCAUGACCCUGUGGUCACCCCUGACGGCUACCUGUACGAGCGGGAGGCGAUCCUGGAAUAUAUUUUGCACCAGAAGAAGGAAAUCGCCCGGCAGAUGAAGGCCUAUGAGAAGCAGCGGGGAGCCCGGCGCGAGGAGCAGAAGGAGCUGCAGCGGGCAGCAGCCAAUGACCAGGUGCGCGGCUUCCUGGAGAAGGAGGCAGCCAUCGUCAGCCGGCCCCUAAACCCCUUCACGCCCAAGGCAGCCCCUGGCCCAGAUGACACCCAGCCCGGCUCCAGUGGUGGCCCUGCCAGCAAGAGCAAGGAUAAAGCGCUGCCCAGUUUCUGGAUCCCAUCUUUGACCCCCGAGGCCAAGGCCACCAAGCUAGAGAAACCAUCCCGCACGGUGACCUGCCCCAUGUCGGGGAAGCCACUGCGUAUGUCAGACCUGACACCCGUGCGCUUCACGCUGCUGGACAGCUCCGUGGACCGCGUGGGGCUCAUUACUCGCUCCGAGCGCUACGUGUGCGCCGUGACCCGCGACAGCCUGAGCAAUGCCACGCCGUGCGCCGUGCUGCGGCCCUCGGGGGCCGUGGUCACUCUGGAGUGCGUGGAGAAGCUGAUUCGGAAGGACAUGGUGGACCCUGUAAACGGGGAGAAGCUCACAGACCGGGACAUCAUUGUGCUGCAGCGGGGCGGCACGGGCUUCGCAGGGUCUGGAGUGAAGCUGCAGGCCGAGAAGUCACGGCCAGUGAUGCAGGCCUAAGUUCGGGAACGCCAAUAAACACGCUAACAGGCAGCCGAGCUGUGACCCCUUCCUUGGUGCUCCAGGACACAGUGGGAACACUGCAGGAGGCAGGAAGAGCAGGCUAAGGAUUAAGAGGAGACUCAGCAAUGGCACAUGCCCCGCCCCAUGUUAAACUGGAGAGAGUGAUGGGGAGCGCUAACAGGGCAUCCAGCGUUGGGCUAAGUGAAAAUCCCCUGGCAUCGCUCCGGGGUCUGCCAAAUCUAAGGCGGCCAGAGAGACCCCUCCCAUCCCCUGCCAGCGGGAGGGAGGACAUGAAGACUAGAGAGGGUAGGGGUUCCCUGCUGUGGAUGGGCAGUACAGGAAAGAGAACAGGAAGAGCAGAUGGGGUGCACAGGUCAGCUUGAAGGAGGCUCCAGGAGUCUCCAGAGGUCAGGGAGAAGAUAGCAGAGCCACUGGCUUGUGGGCCUGUGGGGAUCUGGGGACUUUCAGUGAGGUGUCACAGUCCUGAAAGUAAGUAGCCCUUUAACCACAAAAGCUAACUAGAACAUUCCUUCCAGCCCAGAUGGACAGAGGAGCCCACAUUUGGUGUCUAGUCCAGCUGGCUGGAUCCUGCCCUUCCUGGCACACACCUGCAUCCAGAGCCUGCCUGCCCCUAGCCCUUUUUUUUUUUAGUCACACCCGGCAAUGCUCAGGGGAUACUCCUGGCUCAUGCACUCAGGAAUUACUCCUGGUGGUACUCGCAGGACCAUAUGGGAUGCCAGGAAUCGAACCCGGGUUGGCCGCUUGAAAGGCAAACGCCCUACCUGCUGUGCUAUUGCUCCAGCCCCCCACUUGCCCUUUUGGGGAACAAUGUUUGUCAUGUUAGUAAAAUGCUACAAUUCAGAAACCCA